AUGCCCUCGCUCCUUUCCCUUGGUGCGGCGUGGCUCGGCCUAGCGACAGUCGUCCUAGCCGCCUGCAACGGGCAGGACGCGCUCUGCAGCCGGCCCUACAGCAACGUGACGUUUGUGGGCUCUCACAAUAGCGCCUUCGUUGGGUUGCUGCCCAGCCAGAACCAGCUGGUCUCGGUCGCGGACCAGCUCGGCUUGGGCGUGCGCUUCCUGCAGGCGCAGACUCAUGAUCUGGAUGGCACGAUCGAGAUGUGCCAUACCAGCUGCGUCGAGCUGGAUGCCGGCUCGCUGACCGACUACCUCAAGCCCAUCAAGACCUUCAUGGAUGCGAAUCCAAAUGAGGUUGUCACCCUGCUCCUCACCAACGGCGACGAUAUCCCUGUGUCCAAGUUUGCCGAUGUCUUCUCUGCCGUAGGGUUGGAGCAGUAUGCCUUCACCCCGAGCGGUGCGCUGUCGCUCGACCAGUGGCCAACACUGCAGACGUUGAUCAACGAUGGAACGCGACUAGUUGUCUGGAUGGAUUACAACUCCGACACCGCCACUACUCCCUACAUCCUUGACGAGUUUGCAUAUUAUUACGAGACAUCGUACGAGGUCACAGACGAUGCCUUUCCUUCGUGCAGCAUCGACCGCCCCUCCGGAGCAAGUGCAGAUGGCCGCAUGGGGCUUGUUAACCACAUGCUUCAUAUCGACAUCUUCGGCAUUCAGAUCCCGGACCUUAUCAACGCCAACAAGACCAACUCGCUGAACUCGAUCGAUGCGCAGGCAGGGAUUUGCGAGGGUCUUCAUGGUCGGACGCCUAAUGUUGUGCUGCUUGACUAUGUGAACUUGGGGGACGCUAUGGGCGCUCAGGCCGCGCUCAAUGGUCUGUAG